ACUUCAUUUGUCAUCCGGUUUUCAUUUUCCGAGAGUUAUAAAACAUCAUAUGAUAUUAAACAUCAUAUGUACUAAAUUCUACGGGAACAUUGAAGGACCACAAUCAUAUUUUAAAAUCAAAUUUCUGUCUCACCGCAGCGAGGUACUACCUUGCUACGGUACGUUGUCAUCAGUAAUAUUCCGAAGAGUUGUCUCAAUACAUGUCCAUAGUCGAUAAGAAUACCUUCUGGUGAUAGAGUCAAUUCCUUCUUGAUCCUCGUACAUCACACAAAUCCACCACAAGUCACUCAUUUUCAAGUUUCAAGCUAUUCUGGAGAAGCAAACCAAUGUUGUAUCAUUGCUCAUCCUAAUUGGACUUGAGGAAAAGACUUGUGAAAAGGUAUAAACACCCUUUUUCUUUGCCUAGAACUGCAUUGCAUUCAUCUUAUGAAAAACAUAACAAGUGUCGUAAUAGAGCCGCGGUUAUUGAUGGAUAAGAACAUAUUUAUAAGUAUAAAAUCGAUGUUUAAAAUGUUGACAUUGAUGUUAAUAGUCCGUCACACAGUAGCCAAGAUUAUUUAUUUAAUUCAGUGCAAAAGCCAAAAACUGAGAUCAGGAGACGCAAGGACACAAACAAACGGAGAUAAUAAAACUAAGAUGUAAUGCUUAGAGUGGUCUUCAUCUGAUGUCGGCGGAGUGUCCUUGGAAUAAUCCGGAAUUUUCUUUAGAGGUCACACCUAUUGACUUGGUAAAUUGUGUUCAUGGCCAUUAUAAAAGAAAAACCGACUGGUUCUACUAUAUUCUCCAGCUUUCCUGACCUGUGGAUCUCCCUUUGUUUGUCUUUGUUGUCCAAAACUGGAGGAUGUCUUGCUUAUUGUCAAACUUACUGAUUAUCUUUCAGUUGUAGGCCUAUUUGCUUCAAGCAAGCCUCUUUAUAUGAUAAAAUACACAGGCUUCUGAAAAAUUCUGAAAACAAGUAUUUGCUUUUGUUGUAACAGUGUAUGACAGUGCUGAUAAGACAUUUGGAUUACCUUGAUAUUGUGCAGGCUUUGCGCUGGGAUGUGACAGUCCUGUCCUUUGGCGUGUUAUCGGCUGAUGGAAUAUUCAUUGCCGCCUGUAUGCUUAAAGUUCGUAAAUCAGCUGGCAUCGUAGUGAGUCAGGGAGAGAGGGCUGCAUGUUUCGUUUGAUUGCAUAUUGUGAUGAAGGAAGCGCUGUGUUUUCAAAGAGAGAUCGGAGGAAGCAUUAAGGUGUGGUAAGAACUAGUUCAUAUUUGGCUGCGGGAUAGUGCACCAUACUGAGCAGAGAGCUAGAUAAGAGCUGGAGAGAGAGAGUAACGGGUAAGUGGGGGAGAUGAGGCGGUGUGUUGGUGUUUUGCAACUUUUCUCUCUGUUAUUUGUUCCAGUUGUAGAAUUGACAAUCGAUUGCUUUUGAAUUAUUUGUAUCCUAUUUUAAGAAGUACAGCUGUUGAUCAUUAAACUUUCGGUUGUAUUCUGUGAAUUUUCCCUCCAAUAAUCCUGACCAGAACUGUGCCUAUUUUUGGUCUUUUUUCAAAGCAAUCUGCUCACUCCAGACACGUAGUCAGGUAUGGCCUCUUGCUAGUCAGGUCUGGGUUCAGUCAGUUAUAGUUCAUUUAUGAAUAAUAAGUAAAGGAAGACUAUUAUAAAGAAUGCUUCUCCAUCAUCGUUCAGUGAUUUCUUCGUAAGCUGUUUGAAAAUAUUUAGCAGGUAAUAUGAAGAAAACGAUUAUUGUGUUCAAAGCGAUUUCCAGUAGGCCGUUGAUAGUAGUAAAACCUCAUAUAUUUGCGAAGACUAUCUAAGUAUUGACAGAGGCGACUGUUAUCAUGACAGUGGAGCCAAGCGGCUGGGUGAUAGGUUCCAGUCAUGACGCCAUUAGUGCCCUCCCAUGGCCCCCAAGGUACGCACGUAGUUGUUUGCUACCGUUCGUCCUAAACCGCAGAGUGUAUAGUUUUAUGCUUGAAAGCAGCAUUGGAAUACAUGAGUCUGAGCUGGUCUAAUUCCUCUGAAGGCCAGUUUAUGAAAGAAUUUCCUCACACGGAUCGCGGAGAGGCGAGAUAACAAACAAAAUAGCUUAACAAUAUUUUGCUUUCAUAUAAAUUUACACGCACGGGAUUAUUAUCAGUGUCAGGAAUGUUGACGUGUUAAUCUCCCUGAGUGUUUCUAAAGAGAAUUUGAAUCUGCCAUUACACAUACAGCCGGUGUGCAUUUCAUGGAGUUCAUUUUUUUGGCCGUCUCAAGUGGGGUUCUAAAAAGUCCUGAAUUGUGCCCCGAAGGCAGGAUAAAUAAAAAACCUGGCACACUAGAUUGAAAGGGCCGAUGUUUGCACUUUGACGAAAACGCAGAAGUUUGGGCCCCUGGAGGGGGGGAGGCUAGGAAAUUAUAAAGUCGAUUGCAAAUGAGAACAAACCUGGACCACUUCGUUUUGGGGACUGAGGUGAGUUUAUUUCAGCCUAAUUUGGGUGGUUAUUCAGGGCAAAGGUUUCGCACUAUCAGAAUCGGAGUAUUAUUUGGGAAUUCAACUUGGUGUUUUUGUGAAGCAGCUGCAGGAAGGACCGCAGAGCUAAUCGGAACAAAAUGACCGGCUUUUCCUCACCCCUUGGUCUUCUCCUACUUACAAUCCCAUUAAUGACGAUGAUUCCAACCCGGGCCCAAUACUGCUCGCUACGGCCAGGAGGCUGCUGUGCUGGCCGUGAUGAUACGUGCACGGCCCCCAUGGCAGACACCCUGUGCUACUGCGACGAGUUUUGUCUCCGGUCCAAAGACCCUGACUGCUGUCCAGACGUCUUCAACAACUGCACGGCUCUACCGUCAACGAAAUCACCGCUCAGUCCAAACCCAAUAGCAAAAGCUGACUGCACCUAUCAAGGCAGGAAUUUGUUUGCUGGAGAUUCCAUUAAAGUCAACUGUAAUGCUUGCACCUGUUUGCCUACGGUUGGAGGAUAUCAAGUAGAAUGCGAGGAGAAUAUUUGUCUUAUCACGGAGGAGAUCAUCAACAAUGUUAACGCAGAGGACAACGGGUGGCGAGCCAGUAACUACAGUUUCCUGUGGGGUAUGACGCUUGAGGAAGGGAUUCAGCGUCGAUUAGGAACCCUGAAACCCGGGCGAUCUGUAUCUGCUAUGACUGAGGUCGACAUUGAGCAAACGACAGACCUGCCGGAAAAUUUCGAUUGUCGCCAAAAGUGGCCCGAUUGGAUAGAGGGCAUAAUGGAUCAAGGGAACUGCGGAAGUUCCUGGGCAGUCUCAACCACAGCUGUUGCGUCCGAUCGCCUCGCCAUCCAGUCCAUGGGUCACAUGAGGGCGCCCCUUUCUACUCAGAAUCUUCUGUCCUGCAACACUAGGGGCCAACGAGGGUGUGACGGUGGGCGUAUUGAUCGCGCCUGGUUUUACUUGCGCAGAUUUGGCAUUGUCACAGAUCAAUGUUACCCCUACCAAAGUGGAAGGGACGAGGCCAGUAAGAUGAAGAGAUACGCGUGUAUGUUACCUCGCUACCAAAGUUCACCGUGCCCGAGUAAUAAGAUGACUUCUGGAAAGUACCAAUCCAGCCCACCUUAUAGACUAUCCAGAAAGGAGGAAGACAUCAUGGCUGAAAUACUUAAAAACGGACCCGUGCAAGCUACGUUGCUAGUGAAGGAAGAUUUCUACUCCUAUGCUGGAGGUGUUUAUAAAUACACGCGUCAAUCGGUGAAGAAAUCCUCCAAACGUAGACGGAAGGGGUACCAUUCAGUUCGAGUUUUAGGCUGGGGAGUGGACCGUACUGACCCAGAGAAGCCCAGACCAUACUGGCUUUGCGCCAAUUCCUGGGGAAGCCAGUGGGGUGAGAACGGCUAUUUCCGCGUUCUAAGAGGCCAGAACGAGUGCGAGAUUGAAUCUUUCGUUCUAGGCGUUUGGGGCAACGUUGACAUGGACAUGAUGCAAGGCUGAGAAUGAGGACAGCAGCAUGGAACCUACCAUCAAAACAAUAUACUGUUUGGUUUCGGUCUUAGUCUUAAAUCAAGCCGCUUUUUUCGUGUGGCGGACGUCCUUUUUGCAAGUGAACUUUUUCCAGUCGUUUUUCACUGCGACCGAAUUUGUUACCGACAGCUAUGUUACACGCAUUGAGGGGCCUGCGUUGAGAAACGUCAAAACGUUUAUAGAACUGGAAGUUUAUGCGUCACGAGUGUGCUAUUUCAGUCAAGAAAUCAAAGGUGCUUGUGUAAAAUAAAACAAUGUAUGAGUGGUGAUUGAACUUUGAAGAUAUUUUAGCAAUUUUAUAAUUUUAUAAUCAUUUAUUCACAUUAUUCCCGCAGUAUACAUGUAGUAUAUUUUGUAAUUAAUUAUUGAUACUGUUUACGUAACGGAAAAAAGAUUAUUUAGUCUGUGAACCUGUUCAGAAUAAAGAAAAAAUUACGAGCAAUAGGGCCUCAGUAGUUAUUAAUAUUGCAUGGGCUUAACGUGAACACUAUAGCAAUAACUUGAAGAACACAGGACCACCCACUGUCAGGUGCGGAAUGCAAAAUGCAUUGGAACAACAUUAUUGAUUGAGCGAUGCAACAUUAUCUACAGACCCCUGAAGGCGAGUGAUCAUCGCUGACAUAGUCUCGCUGACUAAGUCAUUAAUCACUGAUUUGGUCAGAUAUGCAGCAUAGCGUGUACGUGUUAUGACUGCUCUUCAGAGUAAACAAAAAGAUUUGGCAAUGCAAAUAAUCGAUUUAAUGGAAUUCAAGACAUUAAUUAUGUGGAGUUCAUGAGCCGGUUCGGUAUGUAUGUCUCAGAGCGUCAAGGUCUUUCGGAAACAAAGCGCGCGCAUGCUGGGUCAGUGUAUGGCUAGAUACGAAUACGACACCGAUGAAAUUCUUCCCAAAGUUUGACCUAAACUCUUCCAAAACUGCUUGUCUUACUCGAUAACUACAAUAGUCUUAAAUAGCAGGCAAACUUUACUGUGGUGAAUCUUUAGAUCACCCAAUACAUGUACAUUUUUUUUAAUUUGUGUAAUUGAAUCGCUAAUUUUGACUUUCUUUAGUAAAUGUACAUUUUUUUCUCCAAAUGGUAACUUUUUGACACUGCUUUGUUUAUGUCGUGCCCUAGGUGGAUGGUUUGACUUAAUUUUUGUAUAUAACAUGAUAACGUGUUGUGAAAAAUCACAAAAUAAACGGUAUGAAUUCCUGAGCUUUUA